CAGGCACCGGUGCUGGUCCAACCAGAAGUCCGGACUGAAUUCCGGUCGGUUACUAGGCCCGUGACCUCAGUUUCCGGCCGAAAAAAGGGUAUAAAUUGUCGUUCAAGUUUCGAUUCGCUCAUUCACAGAGUUGAGAGAGAUUACCCGUCUCUCAUCACCUGCCUCCUCCUCGCGCCGCGCGUUCCCCUCGUGGCUGUGCUUCCUGUACGAAGCUCCGCUGCAAGUUCUGCUUCCGUUGGCGCUCUCGGUCGUUUCCUUCUUAUAGUGAAACUGCAAAAGCUGACUUGAACCCUUUGUCUGAGAAGCCAGGAGUCACAGCGGAAGGGAUGACGUCGAAUAUAAUACUCUUCGAGGACAUUUUUGUUGUUGACGAGAUCAACCCAGAUGGUAAAAAAUUUGAUAAAGCUUGUCGGAUCGUAGCACGUAGCCAAAACUGUGACAUGUCCAUGCAACUCGAUAUCAACAACGAAAUAUAUCCCAUGAAUGUGAAUGACAAAUUUACGAUGGCAUUGGCAUCUACGCUGAAUUACGAUGGGACACCUGACACUGGCUAUUACAAUGCAGCAAAAAGGAAAAACCUUGCGGACAAAUAUGAAUAUGUCAUGCACGGGAAGCUAUACAAGCUAUCGGAGGAAGGUUCAGGAAGAUCGAUUACAGCGGAAUUAUAUGCUUCCUUUGGCGGGCUUCUGAUGUGUCUCAAAGGGGAUCCUUCUCAUGUAGCUCACUUCGAACUUGACCAGAGAGUGUUCCUUCUGAUAAGGAAGAUCAACAAGUGAAAGCAGUAUCCAUAUGAUGAAGAUCAACAAGUGAAAGCAGUAUCCAUAUGAUGAAGCGACUUGCUAUCAGAUGAACCUGCAUUUGUCUGAUAACGUUGUGGUGACAACUCCCUUGAUCUUGUACUUACUUUUGACUUGAGAAAUAGUGUUCUAAAUCCUUCGUCUGUUUGGUCAUGUCAAGCAAACGAUUAUUAUGUUACUUGAGAGAUCGGCUAUGGGUAUUGAAGUAGAGUAGGCUACUCUGAAGUUUGAGGUGUUUAUCUUUAUAACUCGAUUUUCCCCUGUGAACAUUGAACCGAAUUGAUCAUCCUAUCUUUUCAUAA